AUGACGACCAUUACCACCACUUUACGGAAACGACUCAAUUAUAGUAGCCAGCUUAAUCAUUUUGUAUCUGCUGAUGCUGCUUCGGAACAUACAUUCUCGCCCAAUCAUCAUCCCACCAAUAACACCACCAUAACCACCACAUCUGGUGCUUGUAGUACCAUUCUGACCAAUGCUUUGGAUUUGAGAAAUCCAUCCAGCCAAUCCUUCGAGUUUCAUUCCAUUCCUUUUGAAAAGUCAGCCCUCACGGAGAGUCAUUUCCAAGCACCACAACAACAUCGUUCCGAAAGGAAAUUCAUGAGUCCUGAUUAUGAUUCUCAUGAUGUCCAACAAGCUCAUACUACAUCAAUAGCAUCAUCUGCAUGGAAAUCUCAAUUCCAUUCUUCAAAUGAUGAUGAUCAUCAGGAAGAGGAGGAAGAAUAUGAAAAAGAGGCUGAUCAAGAGAGCGAUACUUCGGACCUUGAAGAAAGGCUUAAUUCUCUCGAGCGAUUUUGUGUUGGAUUUGAGCUUGAGGCAAAGAUAGAAGAUCAUUUUCACGAAGCAUUUGAGCAAAUGAAAAACACAAUCGAUAAAGAAGCAGAAGCGAGUAGUUUGUGGUUAGAAUCUGUACAAAGUAAUGUAAAUAUCAUUAAGAAUCGACUCGGAGUGGUCAUGAAAAAAGUUGACGUGCUCUCUCGGAAUGUUGAAAAAUACUUGGAACGACAUUCCAAUUCGUCUUCCUUAUUACCAGAAGAGGGUUUUAGGUCACUUGAGGAAAAAGAAGAGGGUGUGAAUUCGUGUCAACAUGACGAUUCAGUAGGUGUUAUUAUUGAUAAUUGA